GCGGAGCGUGCAGCACUGCACUGCAGCGCUCGAACCGGGACCGCGGCCGACUCCGAACGGCCGGCAGCGGCCGGGAAAGGCUUGCCGGACCGCCCGAAGUCGCCCCGCCGUUGCUGGGGCCGCGGCCGGGCCCGAUUCUGGAGUUGGGGCACCUGAGGGUGCCGUGCGGGGCGGGCUGUGACGGGUAACAUCAAAAGCCUUUAGAUAUCUCUAACGGGGGUGGAUGUCUUUGGCGCGGAAGCCUUAUCGCCUUAACUUGCAGGAAUCGCUAGGCCAUGGAGGCUUUAAUGGAACGAGAAAUGCGAUAAAGCUGAGUGGAUGAGGCACAAAAUUACCUCUGGGCACCUGGCAGCUGUAAGCAGAACACCCAUGUGCUAGCCGUAUCGCAGGCAGCGGCUCUUUGAAGCACCUGGCUCUGCCGGUGCUGCGGAGUAUAGGAAAAUGUUUGCGAAACUGAAGAAGAAGAUCGCAGAAGAGGCAGCGAUUGCCCCCAGGCCCGGGGGGGCGGCCAGGAUCCCGCGCUCCAUCAGCAAAGAGUCCAUCACCUCCGUGGGGGCCGACUCGGGAGACGACUUUGCUUCUGAUGGAAGCAGCUCUAGAGAGGAUCUUUCAUCCCAGUUGUUCAGAAGAAAUGAACAAAUAAGAAAACUGGAAGUCAAGCUGUCUGAUUAUGCUGAUCAGAUCCGAAACUUGCAGAAGAUAAAAGAGAAGCUUGAAAAUGCAUUAGAAAAGCAUCAAGAUUCUUCCAUGAGGAAGUUUCAAGAGCAGAAUGAAGCCCACCAGGCCAACCGAGCCAAGAUGGCUGAAGGAAUGGCUUUGGCCUUAGAAAAAAAGGACCAGGAGUGGUUGGAAAAAUUGAGUCACAUUGAAAAGGAAAAAAAAAUGCUUGAAACACAGUUAAAAGAAAUGAGGGAGCAGAGUUUGAACCUUUUUCAAAAGAGAGAUGAAAUUGAUGAACUGGAAGGCUUUCAACAGCAGGAAAUGGCCAAAGUUAAACACAUGCUUUUGAAAAAGGAAGAGUCUCUAAGCAAAGCAGAGCAGGAACUAGAGGCACGCACUCGAGAGCUGAUCCAUGCUAAGGAGAUGCUUCAGGAAGCAAGCACUGAGUCAUCAGGCCUACGGAAAGAUCUUCAGGAGUUGCAGGAGCAGUUCUUGGAGCUGGAGGCACGGAGAGAUGAACUGAUGACAGCUGAGAGGAAUGCAGAAAAUAAGAUCACUGCUUUGGAGUUGAGAGAACAGGAGCUACAAACUGUCAUUCAGCACCUUUCUGUAGACUUGCAAAAUGCUCGAGUUGCUGGUUCUGGAUGUGAGAAGACACUAGAAACACUACGGGUAGAGCACGAAUCUCUGAAGGUGGAAUAUGAACAACACAAGCUAAAGAUGACUUUUGAAUUUGAUGAGAGAAGUAAACUUAUUGAACAGUUGCAGGAAAAAGUGUCUUCCUUGGAAAAGAAAUUAGAGAGAAAUCUUUCAGGGGUUGAACAUGUACAAGAACUGCUCAAGGAGAAAGCUUCUCUUGAGCAGAAACUAGAUGAAACCAGUCAACAGAUACUAACAGACAGAAUGCAUCACGUUAAUGCUGUGAACCAGUUAGAAAUACAGAAUAGAGAACUGGAACAGAAACUACAGAUUGCAACAGAAGCAUUGAAAACGAGCAAGGAGGAAGCUUGUGAGCAGGAUCUGAAGAUCCAGAAGUUGCAAAUGGAUCUAGAAAGUGAAAAAAGGAAAAUACAGCAGCAGGUUUUAAGUGAGAAACAUCACUAUGAACAGAAGGCUUCUGAGCUAGAGUCUCAAAUUGCUGCUCUUCAAACAGCUUGGGAAUUUGAUAGAACAGCUGCUCAGCACAAGAUAAGCCAGCUGGAAAAAGAAAAUGAAAAUCUCAAUGGAAGCAGAGAAGAGUAUGAGAGUUCCUUAAAAAAACAAGAAUCUGUACUGAACAAGCUCAAGGAAGAAUUGAGCAGCAGAGAGACUGUCAAUACUGAAAUUGCCAACACAUUGGAAGAAACAGAAAAACAAAAGGACAAAUUGCAACAGCAGGUUUCACAUCUGGCUUCCUUAAUAAAGGAAAAAGACUGGCUAAUUGAUGAAAAAUCUGGUAUGCUUCUAAAACAGAAGGAAGAACUAAACCAACUCAGUCAAGAUCAUGAAGCUGCAUUGCUGCAAAUGCACCAGCUACGAUCUGACGUAGAGGCAAGUAAUAGCCAAGCACUGGAGAAAGAAGAAACAGCAAGGAAGGAAAUAGAAGAAUUGAAGCUGCAGAUACAGGAGCUCCUAUUGGCCAGAGAAAAUGAUGAGAAAAACGUUUCAGAACUGGAAGAAUCGGCAACAGCCUUGAAUGAGCACUUACACCUUCCAGAAAGCCGUGUGACAGAACAGAAUGGAGAGGUAACAGCUACAGAUGUCAUUCAACUUCAGAAGGAUAACAGGGAGCUGGAACAGCAAAUAGUUGAGAAAAACAAGAUGAUAAAGCAGCUACAGCAAAGAAUGACAGAACUGAAAAAAACUCUCCAGAAGGAGUUGAAAAUAAGACCAGACAGUGAGGUACCUGAAGUACGUGAAAAAACAAAUUCUGAAGUGCCUAAUGCUGCUGUGACUGUCACAAACAGCUGUGAUUUAAAUGACUCAAGGGAGAUAAACUUUGAGUACCUUAAACAUGUUGUACUAAAAUUCAUGUCCUGCCGGGAGUCUGAGGCAUUCCAUCUUAUUAAGGCUGUAUCUGUUUUACUGAAUUUUUCCCAAGAGGAAGAAAAUAUGCUUAAAGAAACUUUGGAGUACAAGAUGUCGUGGUUUGGGUCGAAGCCAUCUCCUAAAGGCAGUAUCCGGCCCUCUAUCUCAAGCCCAAGGACACUGUGGUCUUAAGGGAUCCUGAAAAUGGGCAGUCAGCAUCUAGCCACCUUUUUUUCUGUGAAAAGAACACUGAACACACCAUUUCAGGUGUGUCUUAAUCACUGUCAUUGCAGUAUUUUGUACAAGAACUUUGACACUGUUUACAAAAGUAAUGCUGUGCAAGGAGAAACUUCACUACAAACUGACACCUCUUGUGGGCUGGGAUCAGGGACCUUUGUCUCGAUGGUGUCUCAAUGGAAGUCAGCUCCUUGUGCUCACCAGACCUGUUAUCUUGGCACCAAAGGAUAACAUUAACCUCACUAACAUGGGUGCUGGCAGUUCAAGCUUCUAACACGUGCACCUGUUGUGAUGGUGAUUCCAGCUUGUGUUAGGGAGCGCGAGGGUCGAAUAACUCCAGACACAGUAAAGCUUCCUUGUCUCAUUGUGGAAAGCAGUGGGGAAAAAAAUGUUGGCAAUACUGUACUGAAUUUUUGACAGUUUGAAAUGACUUUCAAAGGACAGGAGCAGGAGCUUUAACCAAAAAAGAAGUUUGCCUUGCCUUGUUAUACUGACAUAACUAAUAGUCUGCAUCUUUUCAUAUCACUGUGUAACAUAAGGUGCAUAUAUCCUGGCCUGCAGUCUUGAAGGCUGCAUGUUGAUCAUGAUUAUUUAAUUUGAGAGCACAACUUUAGAGUUGUCUGAUUUUACUUUCUUAAAGAAAAAUAAUAUUUAAGAUGGUCUUAAUUACAGUACCUAACACUCAGUCGCCUUUAAAACUAAUCUGUUAGUCUGUACCAUAGGUUGUUAGCACUGGGAAGGAGGGGUAGUAAACCAUUUUAAAUUUUUAAAACUGAAUUCCAGGUAUUGUAAGUAUACACUGAAAAUACUUUUUAUAAUUAAAAAGAAAAAAGAAAAAAAAGAUUAUAUGUAUAUAUAUACACAUUGAAAGAGAGUGAAUAAUAUUAGUACUAAGCACUUUGGGCUUUCUUCCUUAACAAGUCUGCUAGCAACAAAAUUUCAUAACCAGUAUCUUUUGUUGUGGUUUGUGUAGUUCAGAUACUGUUGCUUAUAAACUGUUCUGAGCAUUCAGUGGGCUGUUAACUGUGUCCUAACUACAAGACAAAAGACCACGGCUUAGGAGGUUUUUGUUUUUGAGGGCAAAAUUAAACUCUUCACAAAUGAGUCUUGGUUCUGGCAGCUUGCUUUCUUCUGCCUUUAGGAAAAGGGAACUAAGCUGACACAGAUUGAAAGUGCAGUUUUGCCCUUCAGUUUUAACACCACCACAAAAUCUAGAUGAAUAUAGGAAGCAGCAAUCAGGCUUACUUAAAACUUGGAUAUAUAUCUAUUGAUAAGAAACGUGAUGAGCAAGCUGCUAUUCUGGUAAUUCUCUUACAAUGAGAUGUGUUACUAACAAAGAUUUUUAUUAAAUAUAUUAAAAAUAGAAAUAAAAAAAUCUAGCUGUCCUGUAGUAGAGAUGUGGUCAUGUUGAGAGCUCCGACUGAGCUGUGCUGACAGGAGACAUGAGCGACCGUGGUGGUGGUGGCAGUUGAGAUACAGUGUUAGAGUUACAGCAUGGCAGCUGCUGUGAAAAGGUGGAGGCAUUCUACUUGAGGUCGGUCAGCAGAGCAGUGAACAUGCUGCAGAUCUGUACCCGAGUGGACUGGAUCCACUUGGCACAAGUGACGCUCCUUUUAAGAGCUAGGAUCUAUUUAAAUACAUUCAGUAAAAUCAGCAGGACUCUUGUAUACUAAGACUCGAUCCGUGGCACUUAACUGUAUAGAAUAGGGAAGUUUAUGGUAAGAGUGCAACUCUAAUAUGAAAAUAGACAAUCAAAAAGUAGAUUUGUUAGUUUUUCUGGUAUUGGAACAAAGCAGGGGCAGGAUAACCCUCCUGGGCCUUAGAAGGGUCUUUCUUUAGAAUGUCUCCUUGCCCUGCCCUGCUUCUGUGUGACCUGAGGCCAGAGGAUAGGAUUCUGCCUGGUCACACUGCUGCAGGCUGAAUGACAGAUUUGGUUUCAGUUGUGUCUGGCUUGAACAGUUACUGCUGUACAGUAACAAAUGCAGUAAAGGCAGCCUGCAAGACAGUGAUACAUAAAUUCUAGAUUAUAUACUGACUAACACAACCAGUUUAGCAUCCCAAAGCUCAUACUUACCCAAAGCUCACCGACUUACCAUAAACGAGUUCUCAAGUGUUGAAUUUUCUUCAGAUAUCAGAGCAAGAAUGGUGUGUGUGUGUAUGUAUAUAUGUACAUAUAUAUUAAAAAAAGCUAAUGCACUUUCCCUUGUAUAAAAACAGUGGUAUACACAAUCCUUUCUAUGGCUGUUGAAAUUUCUUUCCUUCUAUGCUGUAAAUAUGGAUUGUAUUAUGAAACACUAUGGAAUUUGUGGUGCAAUAUGUUUUGGAUUAAAACUCUAAUCUUGAUUUC